UACAACUUUACCGAGCUGACCUCUGCUCUUCACCACUCGCGCCCCACGUCCAGAAGGAAUUGACUCGCCAUCUGCAAUCAUGCAACGUUGCGUUGUGAGACCGUUAGGCGAGGCCUACAAGCUGCGUCAACAACAACGGCGAACAUUCCUGGGCUUACAGCGUCCACCUCCACCACCGCCAGCGACUAUGGGUUACUUAGUCGUUCAGGGUCUGGCGGUGGUGCUGACGGUAGACUAUGCCAUCGCCGUCGUUCGUGGGGAGCCAACCACAAUCCGCGUAGUAUGUCAAUCGGCCGGCUUCUGGAAUGAUGCACCGGCGUUCGAGAGAUUGCAUGGCGAUGGCGAUGCACCGGGAAGUACUUAAACCAGAGACUUCGCUCGACAUUAUUCUCAGCACCCAUGCCUUCCUAAUUCGGGCAUUUGGUUUUUAAAUGGCGGGCUCUCAGGCGCUCAAUAUUAAGCUGCCGA